AUGUUGAGGAUUCGAUCGUUGUUUCGAUUGACAUCUGCAUCUAGGCUGUUCUCAACGCAGAAGGCUGCAGCUUCAUUGCCCAAAAUUGAUAAAGAGGCAUUAAAGAAAUUACGUAAACGUACUGGAUAUAGUUACGUGAAUUGUCGUAAAGCAUUACUGCAUUUCGGCACUGAACAUUUGGAUGAUGCUGAAAAGUGGUUGAAAGAGUUAGCUGUCAAGGAAGGAUGGAGCCGAGCUGCCAAAUUAACGCAUCGUCAGACCAAAAAUGGCCUGGUAUCAGUAUUGGUUGAUAGACAUAUUGCAGCCGUUGUAGAGGUGAAUUGCGAGACAGAUUUCGUUGCUCGUGGCAAGCACUUCAAGCAGCUGGUGGAAGAGAUCACUCUGUCGGCACUGAAUGCAUCACGAGAACAUGCUGCUACAAGUUCGGCAUCUGCUGAUCACCUCGUUGUUAAAUCUAAAGAAUACGAUUCAUUGAAAUCAACGUCAACAAACGAAUCAUUGAAAGAACUAUUAACGUUAAUGAUCGCUAAACUCGGUGAAAAUAUAACCGUAUCAAAGUUACAGUUGAUUAUCGCUGAUCCUAGUGUAUCUUUAUUUGGUUAUGCCCAUCCUCAAGAAGGUACAGAACGUGUUGGAAUGGGUAAAUUUGUAUCUGUUGUUGGUCUGAAACGAUAUGCGGAUGGAAAGUUUCCGAUUGAGCGAUUGGCACAACAGAUCUGUCAACACAUUGUUGGGAUGAGAUCAGAAACAUUGGGACAACAGUCGACUGAAUCGAAAUCAAAGCAUGAGAAUGACGCAGGUGGACGAGAGAUGAGUAGACGUGAGGAGAGUAGUGAUUAUGAUCAAGUUGAGACAACGUAUAUAGAUGAAUCAGAGAGACGUUUAUUACAGCAAGCCUUCAUGUUGAAUCCAUCACAGACCGUUUAUGAGUAUGUCAGUGGUCAUGGUGUUAAAGUUGUUGACUUUUAUAGAGCUGAAAUUGGGGGCAGAUUUCUUAUAGCGGGUCGUUUGUAUGCGAAGGAGUUGAAUGUGCUUUAUUUAAUGCAAGAAUGA